AUGAGAUCUUCAAACAAGUCACCAAAACAGAUGAAAUCAAACAUGCUUUUGAAUAAUCAAUAGCUGUUCUAGAUUGUUUAAGCAAAAAGAAGAAGAGAGCAAGAAAGAAGUAGAUUAGAAGAAAGGGAAAUAAAAUAAUUGAUGCCAGAAAUAGAUGAUUAUCAUAAAUAUAUUAAUAAAUUGGACUUAAUGGGUUAAUGCAAAUGUGCUAUUGCUUCUUGUCCAAAGGAUGACAUCGACUCCAUAAAGAUCUCAUCCCGCUCCAUCCAAAUAUCUAUCAAAUAGCAUAAAAACUAUUAGGGUCAGACUUCUGAUAAAAUAGAAGCCCAUAUUCAAAAUGAUUUAGAUUCUGGAGUGAUCAAAAAUUCAAUCAAUAGCAAAAUCUCCAUCUAAGAAUUAUCCAAGAAUUUGAUAUAAACUAAAACCCAAAUGCCUGACUCUGUUGUUCAAACACUUCAUUAAUUAGAGAGGAAAACUCUACCAUUAAUAUAAUUGCCAAAUGGAACUUAAUAUGAAGGUGAGUGGAUGAAUGGAAUGAGGGAUGGAAUUGGCAAAUAGAUUUGGCCAGAUGGAUCAUUUUAUGAAGGUCAAUGGAAACUUGAUAAAUCCAAUGGGCAUGGUAAAUUGGUACAUGCCAAUGGUGAUAUCUAUGAUGGUGAAUGGGUUCAAGAUGCUGCAUGUGGAAAAGGAAUCUAUCUUCGCUAAAAUGGAGCCAAAUAUGAAGGUGAUUGGUUGAAUGAUUGUUAACAUGGAAAAGGAUUUGAAACAUGGCCUGAUGGAGCUGGAUACGAAGGAGAUUAUAAAUUUGGCAAAAAAAAUGGUCAUGGUAUCUUGACUUUUAAUGACGGUGCAAAUUAUGAAGGAAACUUUGUUGACAAUGAAAUUUCAGGAAAUGGAACUUACAAAUGGCCUGAUGGACGUAUAUAUGUAGGAUAUUGGUAAGAUAAUAAAAUGCAUGGGGAGGGAAUACUCAAAUGGCCUGAUGGAAAGUCAUAUUAAGGAAAUUAUGAGAAUGACAAAAAAUAAGGGAAUGGUAUAUUUGACUUUGGAGAUGGUAGAAAAUAUAUUGGGGCUUGGAACAAUGGUAAACAACAUGGAUUAGGAAUAUACUAUUAAAAUGAGACACAAUUUAAAAUUGGUCUAUGGCAGGAUGGGUAAAGAACUAAAUGGUUAAAUGAGUCGGAAAUAGAAGAUGAGAAGAACUCAAUAUCUAAUCUAUAAAAACUUGUAAUGAAUUGA